ACAUAAGUCGGCUUUGUCUUAUCCCUACACGCCCUCUCGAUCUCUGAUCCAUUUUUUUUCCUUGCACACACAAAUGCGCACGCACAAAUAGAGAACGGAGGGAAAAAAAAUGCCCUAAUUCGACUGCUCGCUCAAUUAGUUUAUUUAUCGGAAUAAAUUUUUAUAUUAAAAUUGUGUUUUUUGGUUUUUUAAAUCUGAUUUUUGCUUUGUGUUGUGAUGAUACUAGGGUUUUGUAUCUCCACACCUUCGUCGUGAAGUGUGGGUUAGAUUAUUGAAGUUCAUACGCAGCACAUCGUGUCGCAUCAUCAAUCUGGUAAGAUUCCUGUUGAAGGGUAAUUUGGUAUCGUACAGGAUGUCAUCACCAUAUGCUGUUCUUGACAAGAGGCCAAUUGAUCAAUGGAAGGUCACUGAGCUAAAGGAAGAACUAAAGAGACGUAAAUUGACCAUCAAGGGGUUGAAGGAAGAUUUGGUAAAGAGGUUGGAUGAAGCUAUUCGCAAUGAAACUGAAAGUGCCCAGGGAAAUACUGAUAAUGGUUUUGGUAUUGCUUCCCAGCCUGAGUUACAGUCUAAACAAGCUACAACUAAACCUUGUGUUUCUGAAACAGAAAAGCAUCUCAAGGACACUGGAAACAACUUUAUUGAAAAAUUAGAUAGUGGAAUGCCUGAGAUUGAGGUUGAUGAUGGCAGAGGCACACCGGACAAAGGAAAACUAGAAGAGGAAUUAAUCCAUGGAAGUGAUUCUGUUAGGGUGGAAAGCAACCAGGUUGCUACUUUGGAAACUGGUGUUACGGUUGAGAUGCUGGAGUCCGUAACAGCAUUUAAUGUUCAACCCUUAAAUAGCAAUGAAACAAAGAACGGGAAUGAAGAUUCAGCUGCAAAGAUUGAUGAUGAUGAUGACUCGAAGUCUUCUGAGCAGGAUGCUAAGCUGAACCUGUCUGAUUCAUAUAGUCAGGUGUCCUUGGUUGGUGAAAGUGGUGAGUCUAUGGUACCUUUGGGUGGGUCAAAUGCUCAAAAUUGUGAAAUCCCAACUGAAACCUGGAAGUCAGAGGUGCAGCUUGAAAACGAUGACUCGAAGUCUCUUCACAUGGACGCGAAGGUCAACUCAUCUGAUAUAAACUAUCAGGUAUCUGAGGUCAACUCUGAUUUAAGGGUUCAAGUAAUUUCUCAUUCUGUUUCUACUGAAUCUGCCCCCAUUAUUGAGAAAAAUGAACUAAAAGUUGAUGUAGUUGCUGAUGAUGUCAAAUUCCUAGAAGUUAAGCCAGAGAUGGUGCAGUUGUCAUCCACCAAUGUUGCCCUCGAUGGCAGUGAAUCUUAUCCCAUGGAUGUUGAAGAGUUACGCGAUCACAAGGUGUCUGUGGAAGAUGCAGGUGGCAGUAAAGCUGAAAAUGUAGCUACUCUGAAGAAAAACAAUACUGCAAAAUUGGGUUCUCUAGAAAAGUUUAGUUUAGACCAAAUCUCUGUUGAUGAUACCAUGAAAGAGGAUAUAUUGGAGAGUAAACGGAUGGUUUAUGAAUCUAAUUGUGAGGAAACAAGAAAGAAAGGUGAGAAAACUGAAAUUCCAGCUAUGAAAGAGGAGGAUAUAUUGGAGAGUAAAUCGACGGAUUCUAAGUCAGACUUUGAUGAAAUGAGAGAGAGAGGUGAGAAAACUGAACUGUCUGUUGUGAAAGAGGAAGAUCAUGUUGAUGUUGACGGUGAUGAUAAGAUAGCCGAGCCCUUGGUUUCUAAUGUUGGAAGCAAGAAUGAAACUGCUCCGACAUUCGUUAAAAGGAAAUCUAUUGAUGGAGGAGCAGUUGGAAACACUGACGUUGUAAAGAGGCAGCGGAGGUGGAACUCAGAAGCUCUCAAGGUUCCUGAACUGCAAAGUGGUAAUGUAGUGGGUUCUAUUAUGCCUAAGGAUCCAUUUAAGCCUGCUUUUAAGCGCAGCUUCUCUAGAUCUGACUCUACAGUCAGUGAAGAAACACCGAAGGAGCGUGUGGUUCCGCCGUCAGCAAAGCCUUGCACUGCUGCUCUCAGAAUUGAUAAUUUUCUGCGCCCUUUUACUUUGAAAGCCGUUCAAGAGCUACUUGGAAAAAAGGGCACGAUCACCAAUUUCUGGAUGGAUCACAUCAAAACUCAUUGCUAUGUUUCUUAUUCUUCUGUUGAAGAAGCUGUAGAAACUCGUAAUGCUGUGUACAAUCUCCAGUGGCCUCCAAAUGGGGGACGCUUAUUGGUAGCCGAGUUUGUUGAUCCUCAAGAAGUUAAAACAAGGGUUGAGGCGCCUCCCCCGUCUCCUGCAACUCCAGGUAGUGCUCCUCCUAACUUCCCUCCUGCUCAACCCACUGCACAGCUCCCCCAGCCUUCUCCACGCCAACAGUUUCAGAGGCAGCAUCUUCCUCCACCUCCUCUUCCUCCUCCACUUCCUCCUCCACCCCUGUUGGCUAACCUACUCCCUGCCAGGGAACGCCCACAACUAGAGAGGGAACCCCCGCAAAGGGAACAGCCACUCCCGCUCCCGGCAAGGGAACGACUUAAUCUUCCGCCACCACCUCCAAUUGCCGAGAAAGUUGACCCACCAAUUGUCACUUUGGACGAUCUCUUCAGGAAAACCAUAGCAACCCCUCGUAUCUACUACUUACCAUUGUCCGAUGAACAAGUUGCAGAAAAGGUCAAGGCACAGGGAAAGAAUGUCAUGCAGUAGACAUUAGGCUGUACUCACAGCAAAGCUCCUAGAUUUCUAAUGGAAUCGGUUAGUAUGUAAGAUAAUGGUUAGAAGUAUCAUGUAAUUCCGUCUUUGCAGGUCUGCAGGUGUUGAAUGUAGGAUGUUCCAGUUAUCCAAGAUGCUGUUUGCCAGUUUGAAGGAUUACACAAGAUUCGAGUUAUGCGUUGCUCUAGUCGGGUUUUUGUUUCUGCGUUGCGUACUGUUCUUUGGCACUCUCUCUUUCUAGACCAAAUCAGUAUUACCAAAAUUUCUGUCCCCUAUCAACACCUGAAAUUACAAUGAUGAGAGAUCUGAGAACAUCGUCUGGUUUUGUACUUGAAUUUAAGAGCGAGGAUAAUCAUUAUUACUAUGGUGCUUAAGGAUUUUCAAUUUUUAUUUUUAUUUUUCGCCCAAAUUGUCUAAUGAAGUUAUAUUUUUUGGUA